AUGCUCUAUGAAAGAAUGUAUCGCUUGAUGAUGCUCGUUGUUCACUCGACCGCCAGCCAUGAGUGGCUCGACCAGGUUACUGUAAAGUAUCAUCUUGUUGAAGAAGAUGGUGUUGUUCUUCACGAUGUGAAUGUCAUCACUAAUCGCCCCCCACCAGGUAAGCUGAAUGCUUCAUGCUUCCAUUAUAGAAACGAAUUUCACCUUCCUGGGAUGAUUGACGACCAAAAGCUCGCUAGGAUCAGUGACUUAAGUCAAGAUAUAGACAAGAUCUCAUGUUUAAAUGUGACGAUGAAGAAAUUCCCCGAGGCCGUGUUGGGGAAAGUCGGUAUGGCUCCAUAUGGGUUGCGUCUUGGCAUUAUUCCGUCGUUAUUUGUUCGUGGUGUAGGUGAUGGUGAUGAUGGAACUAGUGAACAACCCUUGAUCCAGCGUAAGAGAGACAUAGAUUUUGCAACCUCUGUUGCUAUGGCAGCUAUUCUUUCAUGCUGA